AGAGUUCUCUAAAGGACAUGUGAAUGUGAACUGACAGAUUUGACGAUUGAAAAAAGAACUGUCUGUUUUCCUUGAGAAACCCUUUUUUUCGUAAAGAAUGGGGACGGUGCACGCAAAGGAAUUGGAGAUGGGCGACCCAGGAAUGGAGCCUGAGGUGCUUGAUUUUAGAAAGCUGUCUGCAAAGGUGGAACGUGUCAUUAUCGAUGGCCUUGGGAGAACGAAGGAUGACCUUAUUGUCAAACAGGUCAAGGACAUCUUUCAGGCUGACAACUUUCAAGAGAUGAUAAGGAGGACUCAUGAAGUUAAAUUGCGUCUGGAGCGAUUGGGGAUAUUCAAACAUGUUGCCAUAUUUGUGGACACGAGUAAAGGCCCUGAUGCAAAGCCUAAUGGGUAUGAGGUGAUCUUUGAGGUGCAAGAGCUCAGACGUGUGGCAGGAGGUAUCAGCACACUGAUAGGUCACAAUGAUGCUAGUGUGCUUUUUAACCUAAGACUUCCUAAUGUGUUUGGUCGAGCUGAGAAAGUUCAGAUGGAGUACACACAUGGUACGAAGCAAAAUCGUGGCUACAAUCUCUUUGUCAGCAAGCCAUUAGGAGGAAACCCAGAUAUCGUAUUAAGUUCAGGGGUGUACCAGGGUCAUGGGGAAUACCCAUGGAGUGGUUAUAAGGAGACAGACCGAGGAGUUUCUGUGGAUCUCACAUUUCCAUCGUUUCUUGGUGCGCACUGUGUGAAGUGGGAGGGUAUGUGGAGAGACUUGCGAGCUCUCUCUCCAACCACUUCGUUUGCUGUCAGGGAACAAUCAGGUCAUUCUGUCAAGUCAUCUUUUAAGCACAUCUUAGUGCGUGACAAAAGAGAUGAUCCAGUUCUACCCAGCAGGGGGACACUACUCCGUCUGGUUCAGGAGUAUGCGGGUGUGGGUGGAAAUGUGGAGUUUGUCAAACACGACCUGGAGUUUCAGAUUAACCAAUCUUUGAUAUGGGAUACAGUAGUACAAUUGUCCCUGGCAGGAGGCAUUAUGAAGUCUCUUGACCCGACCAAGGACCUGAGGGUCAAUGACCGGUUUAUGCUGGGUGGACCCCUUACCCUGCGGGGUUUCAACCUCAAGGGUGUGGGCCCUCACAGCGAUGGAAAUGCCCUAGGAGCUGACACCUACUGGCUGUGUGCUUUUCAUAUGUACACACCUUUACCAUUCAGGCCUGGCAAAGGUGGAUUCGGAGAACUCUUCCGUAGUCAUUUCUUCAUCAAUGCUGGGAACCUAGGCAAUUUAAACUUUGAUGGGAGCCUGAAGGAGAAGGUACUAGAGCUGGGUGAGGCUUUGAGGUGGUCAUACGGAGGAGGGGUGGUACUAAGGAUGGGCAGAGUGGCCAGGCUGGAACUCAACUAUGUCAUACCUAUGCAAGUACAGAGAGGUGAUAGCCUCAACCCUGGAGUGCAGUUUGGGAUAGGCCUGAGCUUCUUGUGAUAGGGGGUUUCCAGUAGGAAUUCCGUGUACUGUAGAGUGUGAGCUGUGGUAGAGAGCCGACAUUAUCAGAUGAUCACAUGUGAAUGGACAAAUCGUGGCAGACCAUCAGUAUCAGUACUGAUUAAGCAGUGAAACAGUGCUAUAUCUUCUGGUGUUGUAAAUAAUGGACUGAUCUGACUAUGUGAAGCAGAAAGAUACUGAAAUAAUUAUGUAAUUGUAAACACAAGAAAUUAUAUUGGACACGCCAGGGAAUAUUGUAAAGGAUUUAAAAAAAAUCAAUUAUAAGUUAUAGAUUUUCUAUCGCAAUUUUGACAUCUUUGAAUCAGUUAAUUUUCUGUUCAGGCAUGGGAAGGUCUGGCAGCAACCUGCAGAUGGUUGUGGGUUUCCCUUAACACCCACCAAAGAUGCUGUUCUGAUAUUCACCAAUAUAACUUCUUUCCUUUUGAAUGUGACAAAGUUCAUGUUCAUGUAAUUCUUUUUUGCAAGUGAAACAUUUUGGGAGCAUUGUACUCGUUGUAGACUUGACAUAAGAAAUGUGUAAAGCUCACAACCCCCCACUUUGAAUCCAGCCCUUGUUGGAUAACGUAUAGAUUUCAAGGUAUGGACAGCAAAUUUCAGCAAAAAUAACCAAAAGAAACAUACCAAAUAUAAUAACUGAAAUUAUGAAUGAAGUCUGUUAGAGAUUGCUUCAUCAUACCGAGUCUUGGUCCGUUACAGCGCAGUGUGAAAAUCAGCUCAAUAAGUCUUAGUGUGUUGUUCGAGACACGCUUUUGCAUAACUGUCUUAUUCAUUUGACUGUGUUAGUUAGCUACAUUAAGUUGGCUUACCAAAAACGGUUGAAAACACAUCAUGGUCUUUUGAUUAAGCCUUCCACUACGAAUUAUUCUGAAGUUUAUUCCCUGACAUUUUUGCAUAAAGACAAUUUAUCAUGUAUAACAUUAGGCGUGGCCUACUGGUUAGCAUGCUAAUGGCAGCACAAUGACCCAGGAGCCUCUCACCAAUACAGUCGCUGCCAGUUCAAGCCCAGUUCAUCCUGGCUUCCUCUCUGGCCGUACUUGGGAAGGUCUUGCAGCAGCCAGCAGAUAGUUGUUGGUUUCCCCAAUCCAGUUUCCACG